CAUAACCCCCUUAAUUCUCGAAUGAUCAUCGACGUCCGGCUUUUACUCUUGAUAGACCAGCUGUGGCGAUCUCCAAGAAUCAUAAAAACGCCUAUUUGAGUCCUGCGGCAAUGCAACAGAAUCAUACAUCCAUAAGCUUCGCACAGGCAAAUGCAAUAAUGCUUCUUCCACUUAAACUACACCGACGGAUUUUAGACUACCUUGACUUCACAACGCUGAGUGUUUGUCGAUUGGUAUGCCACGAAUGGAACGCGCUGGUAAUCACGUCUUUCGGAAAAGACUUCAUAUACCAUUUCAACACCACUAGCCUUGAUUCCUUAUCGUCUCCCAACCUGAUGGAGAUUGUGAAAGAGAUUAUUGUCAGCUGGGCAAUGCCUACGAAAGAAUGGCGACACCGCCUCUCUACACAGCUUGCUAUUGCGCUGGCUUCUAGGACUGAUAUUUCGUUAAGAUGCUAUAAUGAGCUAUCAGACACUGGCUUCAAGUGUGACUGCACCCGUUCACCUUCAACUGACUACGCGGGUUAUCAAUUUUCAAGUCUUUGGAUUGCCUUCCGAGCUAUCGCGUCCCAGCCACAUAUAAAGCUCCAAAGUCUGAUACUAUCGAACAGCGUCAAUGAUAAUGAAGCUGAAGCUCGACUAUUAGACAUUAGGUCCCUUAUCCAAAACAAACUUAUAGACUUGGAGGACUUGGUCCUUUGUUACACUAACCCGACCGAGUAUGAAGACCUUCAUGCGUUUCUCUCUUGUUGUCAACGAUUGAAGCGACUUUGUCUUCGUGUUCGCACUUUCAAGGCAUUAGAUGGAUUGAAUUUCCCGUCCUUGCAAUACCUACGAAUGGAUGUUCAAUGUUUAGAUGGAUUUGCCUUGAAGUUCUUGGAGAGGCAUGCCAACAUUGAGGCCGUAUACAUUUCGUAUUUUGGCUAUGAUGUGCCAUAUCAUGAGACCACGGGACGUUCAUAGGGAGGAUUGGAUAAAGGAUUCUGAGUCUUGGGGGAGAUUAAGUUGAGACUCGAUGGGACAUAUUGUUUACGCUCGGAACUUUACAUUAUAAAAGAUCAUUGUGAUUUCUACAUCUCCAUAGGCAACAUUAUUUCCAAGAC